GCAGGACGAUGGUGGCCGGCGCGUUCCCCAUCGCAAAGCUGCUGACCCUGGGCAUGCGGCAGCUUAGCAAGCCGCUGGCCGCGCGCAUCAAGGCCGCCGCCCGCGCCAGCCCCUUCUUCCGAGCCUACGUCUGCGGGCCGCCCGCGCAACUGUACCACUGGGUGGAGAUGCGGACCAAGAUGCGCAUCAUGGGCUUCCGGGGCGCAGCCGUGAAGCCACUGAAUGAGGAGGCGGCAGCAGAGCUGGGCGCGGAGCUGCUGGGCGAAGCCAUCGUGUUCAGUGUGGGUGGCCUGUGCAUCUACCUGGAAUAUGCCCGGCAGGCAGGCAACGCACGGCGCCGCGAGGACGAGCAGAGUGCCGCCAUGGAGGCCCUGCAGCAGCAGGUGGCUGAGCAGGGCCUGGCCCUGGAGACUCUUGAUGCCCGGUUGCGCCAGGCUGACCGUGCCCUGCUGGAACUGGCCAGCGCUCCCCGCAAGUAGGGCCCCCUAUGGCCACUGCCAAAGGCGCCCCUGGGGCAGGGCACUGCACUAUAAUGGGGGACCCUCCCCUUCCACCUUGGCUCCUGGGGAGCCUCCAAGUCUACUGGACUGAAAAAGCCACUCAUUAAAACCCACCUGCUGCUGAA